UCACUUGUUACUGCCUCAUGCACUUUGCUUUGUCCGCCAACUUUUGAUUCUCUUCGCAACCUCUGAUUUGGGAAGUCAUUCCAUCAAAAGGCAUCCUCGCUAUCCUCCCAUCUCAGUACUCCCAUCUCUCUGA